AUGUGAUGCACACGUCCGGACAGGCUUGUUGUUGACGCGGAUUUCGAGUCACAGCUCAGUCACCGUCUCUUUCCGUCAGUGGUGUUGGAAAAUGAGAUAAAAAGUAAUGUAUUGUCCAUAUUGUGGAAUCCAAUUGGCUGGACAUAUUGGAUGUUUUUGUGGCUCCUGUGGCAGCAACAUUCAGUUUUUGGCACCUUUUCAAGAAGAUGAACCAGUAUCUGAUGAAGUCACAGAGGCAGGGCUCAUCCAUAAGUACUUCUCAGAGGGCCACACAUAUGAGGUUAUCCUGGAUUUUCUUGAAAAAAACACAACAUUGUUCUGAGUCUGAGAACCUUAAAGAGGAGGCUAAAGGAAGCAGGCCUAACUAGGAGGACAGACUAUACUCCCAUUGCCACUGUGCAAGCAACUGUUGCCCAUGAACUGAGUGGCUCAGGUCAACUGUUAGGUUACAGAGCUAUGUGGCAGACAUUGCAACAAAAGCAUCACCUGACAGUUAAAAGAGAUGAUGUAAGAAAUACACUUUCCAGACUGGAUCCAUCUGGAGUUCAACUUCGCUCCCGACGCAGGUUUGUCCGGAGAGGAUACAUCACAGCGGGGCCAAACCAAGUGUGGCAUGUUGAUGGCUACGAUAAACUGAAACCCUUCGGUAUUGCCAUCAGUGGCUGCAUCGAUGGCUUUUCGAGGAAAGUUAUGUGGCUCAAGAGUGGCAGCACUAAUAAUGAUCCAGGGAUCAUUGCGCAGCAUUAUAUGCAGUGCCUAUCAGAGUUUGGACAACUUCCAGCCCGCCUUCGCACAGACUGUGGAACUGAAAAUGGCACUAUGGCAGCCAUUCACUGUGCAUUAAGAUCGCAACAUACUGAUGACUUUGCAGGAGCCCUCAGUCACAUGUAUGGUACCUCAACUGCAAACCAAAGAAUCGAGAGUUGGUGGUCUUUUUUUAGAAAGCAAAGGACUCAGUUCUGGAUUGAAGUCUUCAGUGACCUGAGAGAGAGGCACCUUUUCAACGGCACUCAUGAGCAGAAGUGCUUACUGCGGUAUGUCUUCCUGGACGUCUUGCAGAAAGAGCUUGAUGACUACAAACAACUUUGGAACAACCACACCAUCCGACCUGUUCGUCAAUCUCGUUGUCCAUCUGGCAAACCAGAAGCCAUGUACCACCUCGCUCACAGGUUUGGUGGAAGGGAGUGUGGAUUCCCAGUGCCCCAGGAAGCCCUUCACCAGUUUAAUGGCAUUCUGCCAGCUCAACAUAGUCUAUGUGGUGAUGACAAUCUCCAGAUUCACUUUGCAGACUUGGAGAGACAGAGUGGGCUGGUUCCACCAGUCAACUGGACAACUGCUGUUCAAAAUUAUAUAUCACUUAAAAACAUGUCUUUACUUUAGAAACAUCCAUUCCUGCAUGGUCCUACAGCGUACUUGCCUUUGUUACCUCUGCCACUGGGUAGCUUGAUCUGCCAAAUGCAGGGAAUAUUCAUGCUGUAAGAACGGUAUCAAGCAUUUUUUUGUUUUGCACUUUGCAGUUAUCUGCAAUAAAUAUUGUUAUGGGAAAGCUGAUUAUGUUGUUGUUGGGCAAGGAGAACACAGACCUAAGAACACAUUUAUGUAUGACCUUUAAGGAAAAAUAGGCACUUUUUAGUCUCUGCAAUAAACUCAGUGCCAUUGUUUGCAGGCAUG